UCCUGUGAGCGCUCAGUUAGGACCACAGCCACACACACACACACACACACACACACACACAUUCUGCUCGCCGGAUGGAUGAUUUUCUGCAUCUCUCCACCAAUUCUCCGACAGCUGAUUCUCUUCAGGGCCCGGGUGGUGUUGAGACUCACGACCCUCCCAGAUGCCGAAGAACAGCAAGGUCAUCCAGCGUGUCCAGAGCCAUGAGCACGUCACCGAAUCUGUGACCGACCUGCUCGGAAAUGAGGAGCCGCUAGACUACAAGAGCAGCUCCCUGAAUGUCGGGGCUGCUGCUGGGAAGACAGUCCCACAGAUAGAAGUGCCUGAAAACGAUGGAAGACCCGCCUGGAACAGCAAGCUGCAGUACAUCCUGGCCCAGGUGGGCUUCUCUGUGGGGCUUGGGAACGUGUGGCGCUUCCCUUACCUGUGUCAGAAGAACGGAGGAGGGGCUUAUUUGGUUCCUUACUUCAUCCUCCUCAUCAUCAUCGGUAUCCCACUCUUCUUCCUGGAGCUGGCCGUGGGUCAGAAGAUCCGGCGUGGGAGCAUCGGAGUGUGGAACUAUGUUUGCCCACGUCUCGGUGGGAUAGGGAUGUCCAGUCUGAUGGUGUGCGGUUUUGUUGGACUCUAUUAUAACGUGAUCAUCGGAUGGAGCAUCUUCUACUUUUUCCAGUCCUUCCAAUACCCUCUGCCGUGGAGCGACUGUCCAAUCAGGAAGAACGGGACAACUGCAAUUGUAGAGCCAGAGUGUGACAAAAGCUCAGCCACAACCUAUUUCUGGUACCGGCAGACUCUGAACACCACCAGCACCAUCGCAGAGAGCGGUGGCCUCAACAUCAAAAUGACCCUGUCGCUGCUGGUGGCGUGGAUCAUCGUCUGCCUCGCCGUCAUCAGAGGAAUUGCCUCCUCUGGGAAGGUGAUGUAUUUCAGCUCUCUUUUCCCAUACGUGGUGCUCUUCUGUUUCCUGGUUAGGGGCUUGAUGCUGAAGGGAUCCGUGGAUGGUAUUGCUCAUAUGUUUACUCCAAAGUUGGAGAAGAUGUUGGAGCCUCAGGUUUGGAGGGAAGCAGCUACCCAGGUCUUCUUCGCUCUGGGUCUUGGCUUCGGAGGAGUCAUCGCCUUCUCCAGUUACAACAAGAUCGACAACAACUGCCACUUUGACGCCGUGCUCGUCUCUUUCAUCAACUUCUUCACCUCAAUCCUGGCCACGCUGGUGGUGUUCGCCGUGCUGGGCUUCAAGGCUAACAUCAUGAAUGAAAAAUGUGUUGCAGAAAAUGGAGAAAAGAUUCUGGAAUACCUCAACUCUAACAUCCUGAGUCACGAUCUCAUCCCUCCACAUGUGAACUUUUCCCACCUCACCACAUCAGACUAUGCUGAGCUGUACGGCGUCAUCAAGACUGUGAAAGAAGGCAGCUUUGCUCAGUUGGGUCUGGAGCCUUGUGUCCUGGAGGAUGAACUCAACAAGGCGGUCCAGGGUACUGGUCUGGCCUUCAUUGCCUUCACUGAGGCCAUGACCCAUUUCCCAGCAUCCCCAUUCUGGUCAGUAAUGUUCUUCUUCAUGCUCAUUAACCUCGGCCUGGGCAGCAUGAUUGGCACUAUGACUGGCAUCACCACACCCAUUCUUGAUGCUUACAAAGUCCAGAAGGAGCUUUUAACAGUGUGUUGCUGCAUUGUGGCGUUCCUUUGUGGCCUGCUGUUUGUUCAGCGCUCAGGAAACUACUUUGUCACCAUGUUUGAUGAUUAUUCAGCUGGCCUGCCUCUCACUGUGGUGGUAAUCCUGGAAAAUCUGUCUGUCGCUUGGAUAUAUGGCACCAAGAGGUUCAUGCAGGACCUGGAGGACAUGCUGGGCUUUCGGCCAUCAGUUAUCUAUUUCUACCUGUGGAAGUACGUCUCUCCUCUCUGUCUCAUCGUUCUCAUCUCAGCCUCCGUCGUAGAGAUGGCCAUCAGCCCACCGGGGUACAACGCCUGGGUUCAGGAGCUGGCACAGGAACGCUUUCAGAGCUACCCUCCCUGGGCCCUAGCCACGUGCUUCGCUCUUAUUGUUGUGGCCAUGCUUCCUCUCCCCAUCGUUUUCAUCGCUCGCCAGUUUAACUUAAUGUCAGAUGGCUCCAACAAGCUCUCUGUCACCUACCGGAAAUCUAUGAUGAAAGACAUUUCCAACCUGGAGGAGCAGGACGAGGCCAGAUUUAUCCUUGGAGCCAAGCCCGGCGAGGCUCCGGCAUCUGUUCCAGGACACAGGCCCUACAUGACUCCAAGGGGUAACACAUCAUUGGAUCCCAAUUCUCUCUCUCCAAACAUCUGUUACGGCACAAGCUACCAAAACGCUGCGAUAAGCCCCACCACACCCACGACGCCGCCUACACCUGUCACGCCAGAGUCUGACUCCUGAAGACCCUCCCCUAACAGCAGGUCUUUUUAAAACCUUUUUUGUUUUUUCAGCCAUCAGGUCUUCACCAGGCACCGCUGAGUCACCGAGGAAUCUCGCCACUGCCCUGCUGUUAUCACGCAAAGCCAAACAGUUUAAAUAUGAGCACAAGAUGAAAUGUUUUCAUGUCCCCCAACAUCUACACAGCUUUUUAUUUAAGAUAAACAUUAACGUGUGAAAUCACCAGUUACAUAAUUAUCACAGCUGAGUGAAUUUUUUUGCCUCAGCAGAAGGAUUAUUAUCAGAGAAAUAUCCGUCACACGUGUAAUCCAGGCUGUGGCUGCUGCCUCGAACGUUUGAAAGGAUUCAGCUCAUGACAGCGGAGAGCUGAAGUGAGUCUGAGUCAUAAAACACAUCUGUAAUGCUGCUCUCCGUCACAAAUCUGACUGCAACAGCCACAAACAGCACAAUACAUGCCUGUUCUCCUUAGGUAUCUAAAUUGAAAAUACAUCAUUUAAAAUUUUUUUACAGGAUCUUAAUCACAUACACACACACACACACACACACACACACACACACACACACACACAAUAAGGCUGCUCUACAGAAUGUUCUGUUCAGACCCAAAGUCAAACCUCCUGCUGGAGUUUUUUUGUAAAAUUCUUGUUUUUUCAUUUUGUAAAUACAACAAUAAUGUAGAAAUAAAGUUAGCAUAAUGUAGAAUUUACUACGUGGAAAUUAAAACUGUCACUAUCCCUCAUGUUCCUAUAUCCCUACAUGUUCUGUAGGACAAAUAAACACAUUUUAUUACCUUUUCACCAAAGACUAAAAUGGAAACGAAACACUGGAUGUCUAGCAAUAAAAAUAGGAAUUAAGCAACAAGUUUGAUCUUUUAAAAGGGAUAUUUGUGGAAAAGUUAUGAAAACUGAAUCAUUUUCAUGUUAGGUUGCUCUGAAUGAGAUUAGCUCAUAGCGACUAGCUAACAGCUAAUCUGAUCGAAGUGAAUUUCUGUCAUCUUAAAAUGACUUUUAUCUUAACCCUUUAUGGUGGGUUUUGCAAAUUCUAUGUAAAGUUUAGAUCAAUGUCAACGUUAAAUCAGUUAUGUGUUAGCAAAAAUGGUGAUGUUGGCAGCAGCUAGCUGGAGUUUGGUGAUACUACUGUGACUAGUGCGCCAGUGGGAAGGUUCGUUUUAAAUGUUUUAAGACCAAACCUUCAAAUUAAAAGUCAUGGUGGGACACAAAGAACAUUUUUCUUAACUUAAGAAAUGUAAAAAGGGGGCAGCAGUAGCUCAGGUGGUAGAGCGGGUUGCCUCAUGAGCGGAGGGUCAUGGGUUCGAUUCCAGCUCCUGCCAGGGGUAUCCUGUUGUUGUGUCCUUGGGCAAGACAAUUCACCCAACUUGCCUGUGUUAGUGGUGGUCAGAGGGACCGAUGGCGCCAAAUCGCAGCCUCGCCUCUGUCAGACCUCCCCAGGACGGCUGUGGCCACAAGUAGCUUACCAUCACUAGCAGUGUGUGAAUGUGAGAGUGUGUGAAAGCGUCUUUGGGUGUCUAGAAAAGCGCUAUAUAAGUUCAAUGCAUUAUUAUUAUUAUUAUUAUAAAAAUUAGUUAUGGUGCAUUUUUAUUCAUCCUGCUCAAAGAUUAUCUUCAUAAUAGUCAAAUAAAAAAUUGUUGAUCUACAUCAACAGCGAGCUUAAAAGACAAAAAUCCAUCGCAGGACAAAUGCAAUAGUGGAAACACAAAGUUACUUUAUGGACCACAAAUGGCCCCCGGGCCACACUUUGUACACGCCUGUGGACGAAAAGCAUAAGAGCACAAACCCAAUUGCACAACGUUCUCUGUAACAAAAGUAACAAAGAUAAAAAAGGACCAAAAUAUUUAGAAACCUUCGUAGCAAAAAUACAAAUAACAUGAACUCAUCAGCUGACCUGACAGAAUGCGCUCCAGAAAGCCUUAGAAACCUCACUUUCACAAACAUGCAGUUUUUGUAGGAUCCUACAAAUAUUUGAUUGUUAGUAUUGAAUACUACAGAUGUUUAAGGGUUAUUAAAGGCAGGUUCAGCAGUGGCAAUGAAUGUCUUUCUGAUAAAAAUGUUUCAUUUUUGUACGAAACUGUUCAACCUGAGCACAUUUAAGUUCCUGUCAUACAGAAAAAAGUACAUUUGUUUAUUUUUUUAUCGCAAUAUUCAGUAAUAGUAACUUAAGGUAUAAACUGAUAUUUAUUAUUCUGUGUAUUUGUAGUUAUAUAGGUAUGAUAAACAACAAAGAUUUAUCUUUCAAGAGCAGUUAGUAUAUAUAAAGUAUUUUUUCAUCUUGUUUUGAUGCUUGGAUGUAAUGUGAGAUUUUUUUCUUCAUAUUAAUGGCACUUUUCUUGUGAGAUGUGAAAAGUCUGCUAGAUGAUGAGUUAUCAUCAUUAUCACACUUCAUGUGACGUUUACUCACCUGUGUUCACCUCUGGUUUUGUUAUUUCAGCAAUGUUUCCAUGAAUGCUGCCAUCACAAACGGCUUCUAAAAUGAAGUCAAAAUAAUUUGAGUCAGCUUUUUUCAGUCAGUGUCUUACCUCCUGUCAGAAUAAUGUGAUUUAAGGAAACCCAGCUAGAUUCUCAGGGUAGAUAAAAACCUGAUUUACACAACUCUGGUGCAGAGUCAGACACACCAACACAUUCUCACUCCGCAUUGACGGAGAUGUUUUUCUGUCAGACUUAUCCGUUGCAUGGGGGGCAGUGGCAGCUUGUCCGUAGGGGGCACAAGGGCCCUACCCCACCAGUCUCACAGGAAGAAGAAGAAGAUCGGAAUCAUAAUUUUAUUUUUUAAUCAUGAAAAUUAAACGAAACAAUCGAUACAUCACACAGACGUAAGUGCUGAGUAUAAUCUGUAUUUGUGUAGUUUAAAAUAGUUCUCUUACACUGGAUAAGAUCAUAUUGCAUUGUUGCUACUGUGUGUUUUAGCAUCAUCUAGUGUUGUUGAAGUAUAAAAUGUGAAUUAUAUCAAAAGAUCCGUAAUUAGGCGUCCUCUAGUGCUGAUAUGGGAUUAGUGCAUCUGAAAACAGACAGCAUAAAUGCGCCCCACCAACAAAAAACAUUCACCAGCCGCCACUGAUGGGGAGUGUUGCCAAGCAACCCUGCAACCCUGCCCGGACAACAGAGGGUGUAAUGUUUUUUCUGGGGCUGUUCUGCCACCAUUACAGUCACGUCUCUGGUCAGAAAUAGUUUGUUUACUAUUGUGUGUUUAUAUUUUGUUUAUGUAUUUCAGAGACUUUUUAACGCAGACAAAUUUGUCCCUCAUCAUCCUCCACCUCUUCAUGCAGUCACCUCCUCCAAACCGUCAUUUCUCCCCAUUUCCUUCCACAAAUAAAGAGUUUUCUGCA